GUUUUCAGGGUUCCCACACGAGUCCCCCAAGGGGUGGGGGAGAGCUGGGACGCUCCUCGCCCACUCUCCCUGGCCCCACGGCCCCUGUUCUGGCAAGGCAGGGAGCGGGGGAACGAAGAAGACUUCCUGGAGGACGAGUGGCGAAGGAGGGGGAGGGCAGUUGCGGGCUUGAGGUUCUUCCCACCCGGCUGACUCUGUCUCCUUCCCUCUCUUUCUGAACUUUCUUUUCUCUCUCUCUCUCACUAUCUCUCUCUCUCUCUUCCUCCAUCCCUUGUGCUCCAGCUCGUCGGGGAAACCCCACCACGACUGAUGAUAUCCGGACGGGGAUGACGGGCGACAGGUCUCACCCCCCCAUCACCAUGCGGCCACGCCGGUUCUUCAUCUUGGUGCAGGAUUUCUCUGGGGAAGGUGGGGGGCAGGUGCCCCGGGGCAGCCUCCUGAGCCAGGCGGGCGAGCCCCCCGCUCUGGACUGCCCCUUCUGGGCCAAGCUGCUGGACACGGAGGCCAUGGUGCAGCUGCCGGCUCGGGCUGCACGGGAGCUGAGCAAAGAGCAAGCCGGGAUGCUGCAGGCCGUGACCAAUGGGGACGAGCGACUGGGGCUCUUCAGACAGGAGGGGCUGCUGCGCAGGCGGGGGGCCCUGCGCCCAGGGGACCGGGUCCGGGUCCAGAUCACCUCGGCCUCCGGGGAAAAGGUCCGGGGUGUCCUGCGCUACCGGGGACCCAUGGGAGACAGCAAGGAGCAGGCUGGAGUCAUCUUUGGGGUGGAGCUGGUGGGAUCAGCGGCUGGGAAGGGUUUUACCGACGGCUCCUUCAGAGGCCAGAAGUUCUUCUCAUGCCGGGAGAACUGCGGGGUUUUUGUGCCUGUGAGCCGGAUUGAGCCGGAUGAGGGGGCCGAGUGCAGCCCCCUGAUAGCUCCCCGGGGCAGCCGCCGGGCAUGCACCAGGCUCCAGCUGGCCACAGGGGACCCCCUCAAAUCUUCUCCACCCCUGGAGCUCGGAGAUCGGGUCUUCUUCAAGAUGGGUGACAGCGCCCCUGGGGGCACUGUGUUUUUCUGCGACUAUCUGCCCAAGAAGGAGAUGGCUGGGGUCUUCGUGGGGAUCUGCCUGGAUCAGCCUGUUGGCUCAUGGGAUGGCAAAUUCAGUGGCCAAUCGCUCUGCCACUUCCCCUCUCCGGAGCACGGGAUCCUCCUGCCAAUCACCAAAGUCCAUAAAGAAAAGGCUGAUGAAGGCCCCAAGGCCUUGAGUGAUGACCCCUCCCUAAGGCUCCUCGAUGACCCCCCAUCCCCCUCCUCCAUUCGGUAUCCACCCAGGCCGGAAUGGGGGUCCCCUCAUGGCUCUCCCUCCUCCCUGUUGAUGGGGGGCACUGAGGAGCAGGGGGAAGGGGAGAAGGAGGAAGGAGAGGAGGAGGAGCUGGCUUUUCCUCUGCUGGAAAUCAACUCAAUGGUGGAGGUGCACGACCCCCCCAUCUACGGGGUGAUCCGCUGGAUUGGGGCGCCGCCGGAUGUGGGGGAGACCAUUGCAGGGCUGGAGCUGGAGGAGCCGCUGCCCUCAGGCUGCACGGACGGGAUCUACCGAGGGAUGCGGUACUUCCAGUGCCCGCCCGGCAAGGCCCUCUUCGUCAAGCUACGCCACUGCCGGCCCGAUGCCCGCUUCGGGGCUCCCCAGCCCCCUGAGAACCCCGUGCUGCGCUGCAACUCACUGGCUUUCAGGGUCUAUGCCAGCGAGCGGGUGCCAGAGGACACCCCCCCAGGGCUGGGUGAAGAGGGGGGGCAGCGCCUGAUGGGCUGGAAGAAAGGGAUCCAGGGCCAUUGCAACUCCUGCUACCUCGAUGCCACCCUCUUCUGCAUGUUUGCCUUCAGCUCCGUGCUGGACUCGCUGCUGCUGCGCCCCGCGGACAAGAACGAUGGGGCGUCUUACGAGGAGACCCGGGACCUGCUGAGAACUGAGAUCGUUAACCCCCUGCGCAAACACGGCUACGUCUGCGCCACCAAGGUGAUGUCCCUGCGGCGGGUCCUGGAGGCAGCUGGACACUCCCCAGGCUUCACCAGCGAGGAGAAAGACCCCGAGGAGUUCCUCACCCUGCUGUUCCGGGUGCUGAAGAUGGAGCCCCUCUUUAAGAUCCGGUCAGCGGACAAGGACCCCCAGGGCUGCAUCUUCUACCAGAUCUUCAUGGAGGGUGGUGCAGGGGGGGCAGGCCGGGGGGUCCCCACAGUGCAGCAGCUGCUGGAGGGGUCACUGGUCGCCGGUGACCUCAAGUUCACUGAGGCUCCCUCCUGCCUCAUCCUGCAGAUGCCCCGCAAUGGCAAGGACUACAAGGCCUUCGCCACCAUCCUGCCCAGCCUGGAGCUGGACCUCACUGACCUGCUGGAGGACACCCCCCGGGAGUGCUGUAUCUGCCAGGAUCUGGCGCGGAGCGAAUGCCCCGAGUGCUACGGGGACCCCAGCAUCGGGGCAGGGAGCACCCGUCAGUACUGCACUGUCUGCUGGCAGCAGGUUCACCGUCACCGUGCCCGGCGCUCCCACCACCCCCGCGCCCUGCGCCUACCCCCAGAGCUGGAGCACCUGCCACCCCCACCAGGCCCCCUGCCCCGCCAGACUAUGCAGCUCUACGCCGCCCUCUGCAUCCAGACCAGCCACUAUGUGGCCUUCGCCCGCCACGGUCCGCACCGCGGCCAAUGGCUCUUCUUUGACAGCAUGGCCGACCGCCAGGGUGGCCAGAAUGGCUUCAACAUCCCACGGGUCACACCUUGCCCGGAGGUGGCCGACUACCUGGAGAUGAGCCCGGAGGAGCUCCAGGUGCUGGACCCCAAGUCCCUGCCCCCCUGCGCCCGACGCCUGCUCUGUGAUGCCUACAUGUGCCUCUACCACAGCCCCACCCUUGGGCUCUACAAAUAGUCUCUCCCCUGGGGUAGAGGGAUACGGUGACUGGGGAGAGGGCAACGAGACUCCAUCAGCCCCAGGACUGCAGCCCAGUGAGGGGACUUUAUUUGCACCAUGAAUGGGACACCUGUGCCUUUAAGAAGCGGCUGGGAACUACUUGGACCUAUAGCUCAACCUUGGUAUCCUUAUGCCCCUUAAAGGGGCUGGAUCAGAGCUGACGCCCCCUAAAGGGGAGAGGCCCUGUGCCCCAUUCCCCUCCCUCCGAGCCAGCCGGUCCUCCAUCCUGGGGCAAGAUGGGAGCUGGCGCCCCCUAGAGGGGAAAGGCUCCAUGUCCCGUUCCCCACCCCCUGAGCCAGCCAGUCCCACAUCCUGGGUCCAGAUGGGAGCCCCCCUAUUCACCCACCUCCAGACAGGUGGUCUAAUUUCUGGAGCAAGAGCAAGCACACGAGCUCUGAGUUUUUCUACACCCUGCUGGGGGGACAAGAGGGCCUGAACUCAUGGGCCUCAGGGGCUGUCCCUGGUCCCCACUUCUUCUGCUGCUUCCCCCUGCCCCGCCCCCCGUGGCCUGUAGGUGGUGAUGGCCCCAUUGUGACACCUCCAUUAAAAGCGGACAGGACUGAAAAAUCCCAUUGCCGCAGGCCUGAACCAAACCAGAUUUAAGACUCAUCCUUUGCAAACCUGCCUGAGUAAACUGGUGACGUAUAGGAUCACGGCGCCGAGGAGAACCGGACCUACCCGAUCUUUAUCUCAGCAGCUGGGCUGUGAUGCCACUGUGCUGUAGAGGCUUGCCGCACCAAGCAGCCGCUGCAGACAUCCUGGAGGGCUUCCAGGAGAGACGGGGGGCAGUGAGGACAUCCCUGGACAAGGCCAGGGCUCUGCUGGAAUCCGGGGUGCAAUCCUGGGCCCCAACCGUUCCAGAAGGAGGGAUUUAAACUGGAGCAGGCACUGAGAAGGGACGACCAGGGGAACGGAGAGUCGGGCUUACGCGAGGGGAGUGAAAGAGCUGGGCUUGUUUAGUCUACCAAAAAGCCAGCUGAGAGGAGAUCUGUCUGCCGUCUAUAAAUACACCAGGCCGGGGGCGGGCUAAAUACCAGGGAGGGUGAAGAGCUAUUGAAGCUAAAGGACAAUGUUGGCAUGAGAACAAAUGGCUGCAAACAGACCAUCAACCAACUCCAGCUGGAAAGGAGGAGGAGGUUUCUCAGCACCAGAGGGGUGAGGGGCUGGAAUGACCUCCAAUAGGGGGUGUGGGGGCAAAUAAUCAAGUAGAUUUAAGGUUGAGCUGGGGAAAUGGAUUAAUGCAAUUGUAUGACGGGGAGGGAGCCUUGGAGCCAAUCGUCCUCUGUUCCUAAUGGUCAUGCUUCAGUGUUCCAGACGGCCACUGGCAGGGGUCAGGAAGGGAUUCCCCACCCGGUGUAUGCUGGGAAGUUAUUUUUGAAUCACCUUCCUCGGAAGCCCCAGGGAUGUCCACUUCUGGAGAGGGGCCAUUGGACAGGGAGGGCAGAGGUCUGAGGUCUCCAAGCAUCCUCUCUCUCAGGUGCUCUGGCUGGUUCUUGCUCCUGGGCCCAGAGUCUCGCUGGUCGCCGUAUGUGGGGCAGGCAAGCAAUUUUCCCCCAGCGCAGUUUGGCAGGGACCUGGGCGGGUUGCCUCCCUCUGCAGCAUGUGGGUACAGGUAACUUGCCAAGAUUAGCUGGAUUCCAUGGGGUGAGCGUUGGCAUUGGACACUAAUUGGAUUAAACUCCCACUCUGGGUAGGCAAGCCCGAA